AAGGGCAAACUGUACAGCUGCACUGAUAGCUCCAAGCAGACAGCAGCAGAAUGCAGGGGGUACUACAUUACAUACAAGGAUGGUGAGGUCAACCAGCCGAUGAUUCAGCCCCGAAGCUGGGAGAACAGCAAGUUUGACUUUGACAACGUCUUGACUGCCAUGAUGGCCCUCUUCACUGUCUCAACCUUUGAGGGCUGGCCAGAGUUGCUGUAUAGGUCCAUUGAUUCCCACAUGGAGGAUGUGGGACCCAUCUAUAAUCACAGGGUUGAGAUAUCCAUCUUCUUUAUUAUCUACAUCAUCAUAAUUGCUUUCUUCAUGAUGAACAUCUUCGUUGGUUUCGUCAUCGUCACAUUUCAGGAACAAGGAGAACAAGAAUACAAGAACUGUGAGCUGGACAAAAACCAGCGCCAGUGUGUAGAGUAUGCCUUGAAGGCCCGGCCCCUGCGGAGGUACAUCCCUAAAAACCAGUACCAGUACAAGGUCUGGUAUGUGGUGAACUCCACCUAUUUUGAAUACCUGAUGUUCGUUCUGAUCCUGCGGAACUCCAUCUGCCUGGCCAUGCAACACUACGGUCAGAGCUGCAUGUUCAAGGAAGCCAUGAAUAUCCUCAACAUGCUCUUCACUGGCCUCUUCACUGUUGAGAUGGUCCUGAAAUUAAUCGCCUUCAAACCCAAGCACUAUUUCUGUGAUGCAUGGAAUACAUUUGACGCCUUGAUUGUUGUGGGUAGCAUUGUUGAUAUAGCAAUCACCGAGGUGAACCCAGCUGAACAUACCCAAUGCUCUUCCUCUAUGAACGCAGAGGAAAACUCUCGCAUCUCAAUCACCUUCUUCCGACUCUUCCGCGUGAUGCGUCUUGUGAAGCUCCUGAGCCGAGGGGAGGGCAUCCGGACGCUGCUUUGGACCUUCAUCAAGUCCUUCCAGGCUCUCCCCUAUGUGGCUCUUUUAAUAGUGAUGUUGUUCUUCAUCUACGCCGUGAUCGGGAUGCAGGUGUUUGGUAAAAUUGCGCUGAAUGAUACCACAGAAAUCAACCGCAACAACAACUUCCAGACCUUCCCCCAAGCAGUGCUGCUGCUUUUCAGGUGUGCCACCGGUGAGGCCUGGCAGGAAAUCAUGCUGGCGUGUCUCCCAGACAAAAAGUGCGACCCGGAAUCGGAACCGGCCAACUCCACAGAGGCCGAUCACUCCUGCGGGAGCAGCUUCGCUGUCUUCUAUUUCAUCAGCUUCUACAUGCUCUGUGCCUUCCUGAUCAUCAAUCUUUUUGUAGCUGUUAUAAUGGAUAACUUUGAUUACCUGACGCGAGACUGGUCCAUUUUAGGACCACACCACCUGGAUGAGUUUAAAAGGAUCUGGGCAGAAUAUGACCCUGAAGCCAAGGGACGGAUCAAGCAUUUGGAUGUGGUGACACUGCUCCGGCGGAUUCAGCCACCCCUGGGCUUUGGGAAGCUCUGUCCUCAUCGCGUGGCUUGCAAACGUCUUGUCUCCAUGAAUAUGCCACUGAAUAGUGAUGGGACUGUCAUGUUCAAUGCUACUCUCUUUGCGCUGGUCAGAACAGCACUGAGGAUAAAGACAGAAGGUAACUUGGAGCAAGCCAAUGAAGAGCUGAGAGCAAUAAUUAAGAAAAUCUGGAAGCGCACCAGUAUGAAGCUGCUGGACCAGGUGGUGCCUCCCGCAGGUGAUGACGAGGUGACCGUUGGGAAGUUCUACGCCACCUUCCUAAUCCAAGAGUAUUUCCGGAAGUUCAAGAAGCGUAAAGAGCAGGGCCUGGUGGGCAAGCCCUCGCAGCGCAACGCGCUCUCUCUGCAGUUUGCCGUUUUGCAGGCUGGUCUGCGUACGCUCCACGACAUCGGGCCAGAGAUCCGACGAGCCAUCUCGGGAGACCUGACAGCUGAAGAGGAGCUGGAUAAGGCCAUGAAAGAAGCUGUUUCGGCCGCCUCCGAAGAUGAUAUCUUCCGGAGAGCCGGAGGCCUGUUUGGAAACCAUGUCAGCUAUUACCAAAGUGAUGGCAGAAGCGCGUUCCCCCAAACGUUCACCACGCAGCGACCUUUGCACAUCAACAAGUCUGGCAACAACCAGGGAGAUACUGAAUCUCCAUCUCAUGAGAAGCUGGUAGACUCCACCUUCACUCCCAGCAGCUACUCAUCUUCGGGCUCCAAUGCCAACAUCAACAACGCCAACAACACUGCCUUGUGCCGCUUCCCCAGCCCGCCCAGCUACCCCAGCACCGUCAGCACAGUAGAAGGCCACGGCACCCCCUUGUCACCCGCCAUACGCGUGCAGGAAGCUUCUUGGAAACUCCCCUCCAAAAGGACGCAUUACUAUGAAGCACUGGCACGCUCCAGUUCCAGAGACAGCCAGCUGGCAAUUGUUUGCCAAGAGGAGGUUUCUCAGGAUGAGACUUACGAUGAGAAUUUGAAUGAAGACAUGGAGUACUGUAGCGAACCAAGUCUGAUCUCUACUGAAAUGCUUUCAUACCAGGACGACGAAAAUAGACAACUUACUCCACCAGAAAACAACAAAGGAGAGGACACCCGGCAUUCCCCCAAGAAAGGAUUUCUGUGCUCCUCCUCACUAGGUCGAAGAGCAUCUUUUCACUUAGAGUGUCUGAAAAGACAGAAAAACCAGGGUGUAGAUGUCUCACAGAAGACAGUUCUGCCUUUGCAUCUGGUACACCAUCAGGCGUUGGCAGUGGCAGGCCUGAGUCCCCUUCUCCAGCGAAGCCAUUCCCCCACCACGUUCUCCCGCCUGUGCGCGACGCCUCCCGCGACCCCCUGCAGCCGCGGCUGGCCACAACAGCCCAUCCCGACUCUGCGCCUCGACGGAGCAGAGUCCAGCGAGAAGCUCAACAGCAGCUUCCCGUCAAUACACUGCAGCUCUCGGUACCCUGACAGCAGCGGCUGCAGCAGCCCGAGGAGAGCCAGGCCAGUGUCCCUCACCGUCCCCAGUCAGAGCGGAGGGAGCAACAGGCAGUUUCACGGCAGCGCUGGCAGCCUGGUUGAAGCGGUCUUGAUUUCGGAAGGACUGAUGCAGUUUGCUCAAGAUCCAAAGUUCAUUGAGGUCACAACCCAGGAGCUCGCAGACGCCUGUGACAUGACGAUAGAAGAGAUGGAAAAUGCAGCAGACAACAUUCUCAAUGGUAACAGCAAGCAGAGCCCCAAUGGCAACCUCUUGCCUUUUGUUAACUGCAGGGACCCAGGGCAGGACAGUGCAGGAGAGGAAGAGGAAGAGGUGCAGAACCCGGAUUGUAGAAAAAGUCAGGAGGAGCUCAAGGACAGCAGGAUUUAUAUCAGCAGCCUGUAGUUGCCAGGGCUGGAAGCGAUGCUGGUUUUUUAUUUGUUUCAAUGUUCCUAAUGGGUUUGUUUCAGAAGUGCCUCACUGUUCUCGUGACCUGGAGUAACCGGAACAGCGUUCUUCAUUCAUUUCUGUUGGGACGAGUCGCAGAGUUGGGUGGUGUAAGAAAGCUUUUCAGGAGUGGAUGUAACCCCAGCACGUGUCCAUGAAGGAAGAGUGAGGAGGAGGAAGAGGAGGAGAGCCAGCUCCCUCUUUUUUUCGGUCCCUGCACAAGGAACGACGACUGCCUCCAGAGUGCAGAGGGGAACCUCAGCUUCCUGCGGAUGGCCCUAGCCAAAAGGACCCUGCGUCAAACGGGUGUCUUUCAACUUUGCUUGUAAAAAUCAUUUUGCACAUAUUCUGUAUGAGCCUCACCGUCUCCAUAAAGCCAAGGCCCUUUGAUUCGGAGGGAGAGGAGGACUUCUUCUGCUGUGGAUUCCAGUACCGCCACCGGGAGGAGGAAGCAGAAGAAGCCCGAGGGCGCCCGGGGGGACAGGCGGCCGCGCUGCGAGCCCUGCCGAGCCAACCCGCAGAGACUCCCAGGCAGCGCUCCCUGCCAGCCAAUGCGAGCUCGGGCAGCCGCUCCUGCCAGACAAUCCGCGCUCAGGCAGCCGCUCCUGCCAGCCAAUCCGAGCUCGGGCAGCCACUUGCCAGCCAAUCAGAGC